UGCUUCAAAAAUUAUUUGCAAUGUAAAAAAUAAAUUAAAUUAAAUGUAAUUAAAUGAACUGAAAGGACUCCGAAUAAAAUGUGAUAAGAAAAUAAUAUAAUGUUAAUAAGCUAAAAUAAGAUCAGACUACUGAAAUGAGGUCCAGCGUUGUUGUGAGGCUACUACUCCUUGUGGCCAUUGCAACAAUAGCAUCAUUACUUUUUCUAACAAAAUGUGGUAUUGGACCCGAUGAAAAUCAAAACAAUGGUCACCACAUCAUACGGGAACUUCGUUCGUUAUCUGAUGAAAAGCAACCCCAACCUUAUGUCAUGUCUUCCAUAAGCGUGUUUCUACAACGCGAACUAGAAUAUAAGCAACAAAUCAAAAAACUUAAUUUAGAAAUUCAAUAUCUUAGACAACAUAUCGACCAGUUAAAAACAAACACAAAAAUGAUUGAGAAUCCAACGACAGCAAUGUCCACGCGAAGUAUACCUGGUAACACUACCUUUAGUACCCUCAACAUAUUGAGAAGUUCCACUAAAAAUAUGAACAGUAUGAGUAGUUCCUAUGACUGCAGCAGUUACAUACGCAAACAAGUCGGAAAUGCGGAGAUAUUACACGGUCUACCACUGAAUAAUGAGUACGAAUUAAUACCCUUUAACCAUUUCACUUUUGCGCGCAUGUAUCCUAUUGAGAUUGGUUUGGGUAAGCGAGUUGUAGAAAAACCGAUCGGGUAUAAGCGUAAGGAUUUAUUAAAUGCCUUGAGUAAAGCAUUGGAGAGUAUUAAUAAAUAUUUGUCCAAUAAAGCAAACAAGAAAUCUGCAAAUUUUCACAAUGAAAGUGCAAAACUAACCAUGGAUGACUUUAUAGAGGGCGUCUUUCGUACUGAACCUACCACCGGUACUCAAUAUGAGUUAUAUUUCCGUAAUAAGCGGAUGACUAAGUUUAAUUCUAUGAGUUCGAAGAGCAAUAAGAUUAACAGUACAAAUAGUUCAAUUAUUAAAGUUCUACUUAUGCGACCUUUUGCACCAAUGCAAACAGUACAGGUUACCCCAAUGCUUACAACCUAUAGCAAGGAUAUUUCAAUAAAUAUUAUUUUACCACUCUCGGGUCGGACGUCUACCUUCAAAAGUUUCAUGGAGAAUUUUAUGAAGUUAAUAAUAAACAAUGAACAACAUCUGCAUCUGACUGUUGUUUAUUUUGGAGAGAAAGGUCUAAAGGAUGUCCGUAUUAUCAUGAGCCGAGCUAUAAAAGCAAGUAAUGGUUUGUACUCCUCCCGCAUGAAACUGCUUGCACUUAACGAAACAUUCAGUAGAGCAAAGGGAAUACGAGUUGGUGUUGAACGUGUAGGGAAUAAUGAAACAAAAGAAGAUGCUCUACUAUUUAUGUGCGAUGUAGAUGUUGUCUUCAAUGCGAAAUUUUUAGAUCGUUGUAAAUGGAACGCAGAACCCGGGAAAAAGGUGUACUAUCCAGUAGUGUUCAGUUUAUAUAACCCUCAUGUAGUGUAUACACUGCAAGGCAAAAAAAUACCAUCAGAAGCGGAGCAAAUGCAAAUUACACGAGAUACUGGGUUUUGGAGAGAUUUCGGAUAUGGCAUGACUUGUCAAUAUAAAUCUGAUUUUGUUGACAUACGUGGAUUUGAUGAAGAAAUUGUAGGCUGGGGUGGUGAAGAUGUUAUGCUGUUUCGAAAGUAUGUCCGUUCGAAAAUUAAAAUUGUACGUGCCACUGAUCCGGGAAUAUUUCAUAUAUGGCAUCAAAAGACUUGUAAUGGUGUCAAUGGCCAACAUCUAACUGCCGACCAAUACCGUGCCUGUAUAAGAUCACGUGCCCUUAAUGAAGCAUCUCAUGCACAACUGGGAUUCUUAGCUUUUAGAGACGAUAUUGCAGCACAUAAUAAAAAUAGUUCAGCGACCUAGUUUUAUUAAUUAUUAAUACACCUAUUAGAUCCUAUAUUCUUAUGCCAAAAGAGAACUAUAGACAAUACUAAAAAAAACCUAAUAUUUUUCAAUCUUGUACAAGUUUCUUCGUUAUUUAUUAUUGGUUGUAUCACUCUAGUACAGACUAAACAUAUAAAGCAAAUACAUAUAUAUAUAUAUAAUGUUCUUUUAAGAUAUAGCAAAUGUAGGGAAUUGGCUGUGAAAAUGUUAUAAAAAUAUUGUUAAUCAUUAAAAAAAAGAUAAAUAGCGAAA